UAUUUGAUAAGCCAAAUGAUAUAUGAGAUAACCUAUAUGAUAAAAUAAUCUUAAAAAAGCUUUUCUUUGUAAAGUAAGUCAUUUUGGGAAUUCUAUUCAACAUUGAUCUAUAUUAUAGAAACUGAGUUAUGAUUUAUAAGUUAUUAAUGGAUAGUCAUUAGCAAUAGAAACAUCCAACUGACGAGUCCCAAAUAGGACGAAACGCGCGUCAUGGAUUCCAUUGUUAGCCACUAUCUAUCAUUGCUUAUAAAAGAACUUGAAUAUACAUUUCGUCCUAUUUUUGAGGCUCGUCAAUUGGAUGUACUUGUAUCAAAGAGUCGAUGUUCACUAUGAGACAAGAACAUAAUACCAUUUGUUUCAAACACUAUCAUUUGAUACAUUUAGCUACUGAUUUCAAGUAGUCAAUAGCUUGUUUAAUAGGGUAAAGUUUUAAUUCAUUUUUGCAUCGAUUGCCUUGAAUCUUACCAUUUAAAUGUUAACCCACUGUAUAAGGAAAUGACUAUCAAGACUUAGUAGCUAAGUGGAUAAUGUAAUAGAGUUUGAAGCGAACAGUUCUCCGGUCGAAUCUCAGAGAGUGAAUAUCAAUUUCGUGAUACAGAUAUAUCCAGAUGACGAGUCACAAAUAGGACGAAACACACGUACUGGAAUCCACUGCUAACCCCUAUCCAUCUUUGUUUUCAUUAACUAUUCAGUAUAUAUAUAUAUACACUAUAUUGACUAAAUUAACUUGUUUAGGUGAACUAUCAUUAUUCUUGUUAACUUCUUCAUAUGUCUUACUGAUUACCGUUUGCUAAAUACAUGUGUUUGUAUACACACCUCAUUGUGAAUUUGUUCGCCGACGUUAUCUACUCAUUUCAAUAGCGAUCCGUUGAACACGUUUUAGUUCAGAUUAUACAACGUAUUCCUUAUCAGUUACACACAAACACAUUGGAUCUAUAUAUUGACACCUCUUGGAAUUAUUUCGUUAACAUGAUCAUAAUUCCGUGUAUAUAUAUAUAUUUAUUCAAUAGUUUAAUUCAUAAGUCAAUUGAAGCUAAACAACCAUGGAAAACCUGAAAUUACUGGACAGCCAUUUCGUUCUAUUGUGGUUCAUGAUCUCAAUCAAAAACUCUAAUAAUCUCUACAACCCUUAACUGAUGCUCACCAUGAGCUCACUAGUGAAUAGCUUCGUGAAGGAAUUCUCCGACUUCUAGUGAGAAACUCUUGACCAGUGGAGUUAAUCCGCGUUGGAUAGAGACAGAUAUCUACCUCAGUACAAUGGAGGAUAGUCAUGCAAUUUCAUGGAUUGGUUGAGAUUAAACUUUAACACCGUUGGAUGACGGCUAACUCAGUGGUCUAAGGGUUCAUGCUCGAGAUCGAAUACUCUGUUUUCGAAUCCAAUGAGCAGGAUCAUGGAUGAACACUGCUGAGGAGUACCGCAACAGGACGAAACAGUCGUCCAGUGAUUCCACAUUUUCAAACCUGGUCUAACAUGAUCUUAAAUCAAUCAAAACAUACUACUAAAUAAAUAUAAAUGAGGAUAUAUGAUUGAUCACUAAAAGAAAAGAAAACACAAUAAAUCAAGUAAACAAACAAGAUAGACAGACAGAGCGAGGGGGAGAAGGACAACACCAACAACAAGAAGAAGAAGAAGAAGAAGAAGGAGAAAGAAUGGGAGGGGAGAAGAGGAACAUUGUUCACUUUUUCCACAUAAACUAUGUCAUUUACACAAAAAAAACUACUCAACUACUAUUUUACAAUUCAAUAGUCAAUCAAUUGGUUAGAUUCAUAAUAUUCUUUUCUUUUCUUUAAGAAUAUCUAAGUAUAUAUGAUAUAACCUCGGAUGUGAAUAAUAAAUGGUAACUAUCGGGACCUUAUUAUAGUCUUAUUCUGUUCAGAGAUUGUUAUGGUAUCAUUGUUAAGUAGAUUUUGAACGAUAUAGCCACAAGUAUAUAGCCACUAUCAGGGAUAUCCGUUGGCUAAUUACUAUCCGUAACAAUUUAUUGUGGAAGAGAAUAAACCAACUUGUAAAUGAGGAGGAGAUUAGAAAAAAGGACAUUGGGAGUGGAUAGAACAUAUAUAUAUAUGUAUAUAUAUAUAUAUAUAUAUAUAUAUAUAUAUAUAUAUAUGUAUAUAAUGGAAAUCAAACUAUAUCACGAGGCAAGCGCGCUAAUAUGGAAUGUUGAAGGGAAACAGAAAAAAAGAAGGCCAAGGAACAUAACACGUCGAGAAAUGGAAGUAGAUAUGAAAAGGAUGAAUAGCAACUGGAAAGGAUUACCCAGGAUAGAGUUGAAUGGAGAAUGUUAAUGGGUGGUCUAUCCACCUCCAAGAGGUGUAACAAGCCUAAGUAAGUAUGUAAGUGAGGGAUGCCCUACUUAACACCUUCUCAUGGCAGGGGUAUUGUUUAUGAAAUAACGACAUGUUAUAGAAAUAUAUUCAAUCAUUGUUCAUUCGUAAAACUGCACGUCUUUUUACAUUUUGCUAAGAUUCUACGUGUUUCCAUUGUGUCCCAGAUAAAUUGGAUUCAUUAUCAAAUCAGUAUUUUGAAAUUUAUCAAGGAUAUAUUCACAGAUACCAUAAUGAAAGAGGAAACUACCAUGAAUAUAACUCAAGAUGAUCAAAUCAAUAAAGUAACCAAUAUGAGUAGUAGUUGUCUGAAUCGUAUCAGAAGUCGUACAACAAUAUUGAUUAUUGUACUUAUUGCAUUACUUCUAGAUAAUGUAUUAUUAACUACUAUUGUUCCAAUUAUACCUAAAUUAUUAUUAAAUAAAGAACUAAUAGAAACUAAUUGUACUCAUGGGAAUUGUUCCCAUUCAACUAUUCAUACCAUUGAUAAUUAUAAUCCACAUAUUAAAAUUGGUAUACUAUUUACUGUUAAACCACUUGUACAGUUCUUAGUGAAUCCAUUUAUUGGUCCAAUUACUAACAGAAUUGGUUAUAGUAUUCCAAUGUUUACUGGAUUCAUACUCUUGUUUAUAUCAAUAAUUAUUUUUGCUUUUGAAACAAAUUUCUACAUUUUAUUGAUUGCCAGAGCUAUUCAAGGUGUUGGAUCAGCAUGUUCAUCUGUAUCCGGAAUGGGAAUGUUAGCCACUUAUUAUAUUGAUGAAACAGAACGAGGUCGUGCAUUUGCUAUUGCUUUAAGUGGACUUGCUAUAGGGUUAUUAAUUGGUGCCCCCUAUGGAGGAAUUACAUAUCAAUUUAUAAGUAAACAAGCACCAUUUCUCAUUCUGGCUAGUAUAACUGUUGUUGAUGGAAUUCUACAACUGUUAGUCUUGAAACCAAAGAUUCAACGUGAAAGUCAAGAAGGUUCAAAAUUAACUGAAUUGUUAAAAGAUCCAUAUAUUUUAGUAGCAGCUGGUUCAAUUACAUUUGGUAAUCUUGGUAUGUCUGUAUUAGAACCAACUUUACCAUUAUGGAUGAAAACUAGAAUGAAUUCUACAGAAUGGCAACAAGGUAUUGCAUUUCUACCAGCUAGUUUAUCAUAUCUAGUUGGUACAAAUAUAUUUGGACCAAUUGCACAUAGAAUUGGUAGUGGAUAUAGUGCAGGUUUAGGUUUAUUAAUUACUACUGGAUGUUUAAUAGCA